GCAGCUGCAAGUUUACUUUGUCGCGAGGAUCCCAGGGGCUCCGGCAGUAAGCUCUUUUUCAAGAUUCAACAAGUUCUUGACCACAUUUGUGCUGGUACAUUAGCAUACCUUGAUGCUGAAGGACAAGCCACAUAUGUGAUUAUUCUCAUAAUGAAUAAGAGUAUUUUAGAAACCAGCAUGCAUAGCUCCACCGAUUGCUACCUAGAAAGUGAUGAAAAUAAAAUGCUUUACCCUUGCCUUCGAAGAAACCUGUUUGAAGACUCUUUGGGCGCCUAUCCAAACAGUUCCAUCAUUUCACAGCUACUGCAAAAAUCUAUACAUAAUAAAAGGCUUGCAGAUGAUAACUUUUUCUACCUUUCUGCUAGUGCUCUUCCAAGUUCCACCACUGCAGACUGUGGUGUAGAAGACAGAAGCAGCAGUUCUUCCAGAGAAAGCACAAUGGAACCACUUUCCCCAGAAAGCCACCUCUCCAGUAGUGAGGGUGAGAGGCCGAUAAAUGAGAACCACCAAGCUAAACGAGCUAGAGUUGAGAACAUUAUCAGAGGAAUGGCUGCUUCUCCAAAUGAGCAGAGUCCUGGUGAAGGAGGAAGGACUGACCCAUUUACAGAGGUUAGAGAAAGUUACAGAGAGAACAAGAGGAAACAGAGACUUCCACAACAUCAAUAUAACUCAUAUGAGACUUCUGCACCCAAGAAAUGGAACAAAAAAGAGGAUGAAUGCCAAAAGUUAAAAGAACAGCUACAAUCCAUGCAGAGACUGUUACGACAACUGCAGGAAAAAUUCUUCCAAGUUUAUGACUUCAGGGACUCCACUUUUAAUGAGCCAGAAGGUGGAGUCUCCACAGAAAAUUCUGGUGAUAAAAGGUGCAAGGUCCUUACUGAAACAUUCAGCUCCACAGUGAACUGUGACUAUGGGGACAAAACAAACAAAUCACAGAUUCCACAGACGGUUAAUUUUCAGGCUAGCAGUGGUGUUCCUUCAGUGCUGGAUGACGCAAACAGUAUAUCAGAAGUCCUAAAAUAUCAGCUAUCAAGAGCAGUGAAUGAGAGUGUGGAUUCAGUCUUAAAAAGUUUCUCAAGCACCUUUUUUAGACAAUUAUCUCAAAUGCUUGAUAUACAAGACUACACAACAAGCAGCACAUCUUCAACUGAAAACAACACGGAAACACCUUGCCCUCAAACCCAACUGAACACCGAAGAAGCUUUCAAAGUUAGAUAUCACGACUGUUACAAUGCUGAAACAUCAGCUAACGAAGACCAGAAUGAAGCACUAUCUCUCGUUGUGCGAAAGACUCCUGUGAGCCAAGAGGCUAGACCAAUGAAUCAGAUUCCAAAAAAACAUUACCUUCCUCAAACUGCCCUUCCUAUGAACUACAGCCCUGUCGUACACGAAAAUCAGAUUCUUGAACAUAUUCUUAAGUAUGGUCCUCACAGGAAUUUUUCAAGCCUUCAGUGUAUCUCCCCAAGCGUGGAUAGGUCUCCACCACAGUCUGUAGAUUUUCCUUGGGAAGCUAUGAAGGUGAAGUCAAAAGUCACCUCAACUCACUUGGCUCACCAGUUACAUGAAAAAACACUAAGUCAAGUCCCAGCCGGGAGCUUGUGUCUUCCUCAUGUGAAAAUGGAAUGUGCAGACCCUCAAAGCCUGGCAGAUCGCAGUCCUUAUAUGUCACUGAAUAUUCAGGAAGGUCUAACACCAAACCACCUGAAGAAAGCAAAGCUGAUGUUCUUCUACACUCGGUAUCCCAGCUCUAAUGUUCUGAAAACAUUUUUCCCAGAUGUCAAGUUCAAUCGUUGCAUCACCUCUCAGCUGAUUAAAUGGUUCAGUAAUUUUCGUGAGUUUUACUACAUUCAAAUGGAAAAAUUUGCUCGUCAAGCUAUUAUGGAUGGCAUAAACAACAGGAAGGACCUGGUGGUAACCCGGGAUUCGGAGCUGUUCCGAGCACUCAACAUGCAUUACAACAAAGCCAACGAUUUUCAGGUCCCAGAGAGGUUUCUUGAAGUUGCAGAAAUCACCUUACAGGAGUUCUUUAAUGCAAUUUCAAUGGCAAAGGACUGUGACCCAUCAUGGAAGAAAGCCAUCUACAAAGUAAUCUGCAAACUGGACAGUGAGGUCCCCGACCAGUUUAAAUCUUCAAACUUUAUCUAGUAAUUGUAUACUAAUUAUGGUUAAAACUAUAAUAUUUAGUUUAACUUUAUUUUAUCAGUCACAAAAUUAGUAUAAUACUAGUACAAUAAACACAAGGAAAUAAAAU